GGCCCGCCGAUGGGCAUGAUUCGCUCGCCCAUUUCGGCGGGAAGCCGCGGGUACCUGGUGCGCGCGCCCUCGGGCCCACUGCGCGUGGCCGCUCCCAGAAUGCCCGUCCAGUACCCGCUGCGGGGGGUCCCCUCCUCCAGGCCCACGCCGCUAACACCGGCCGGCAGGUCCAGGGACGACGAUGACUUGACCCUGUUCCCUGAGCGUUCCCUCAUCAUGCUCCUCGUCUUCCUGUUUCUGUUGGCCCUCGUUGUCGUCAUACUGGCCAUCUCGGGCAUGAGCCUUCCAGGCUUUUCAAGGAGCAAGAACGGUUCCGCGUAAGCGGCGCGCAACCGUGGAGCGGCGAAUGAGGACUUCCAUCGUGCACACAGCAUGCUGCCUCGGCGAGCAGGGAGCUUCCCAACCAUCCGGAGGCGAAUAAAGAAAAGGAAGAACCGA